GCAUCCACGUCACAGCUCGCCUCCUAGUUGUGGAGUCCGCUACUGCUCGGCGCUGUCAAGCCGCCGGUCAGCGAUUCCAUGAGACGGCGUUCUCCUGCCGCGCUUACGAUAAAAGCGGUUCAACUGUCACACAGACCCACAAACAGCGUUGAUAUUGUUUGCAUUAGAUCGUUCUGAGCUCGACUGGUGUGGCACUACAGAGCCAUCAUGAACUAGCGUCGGCAGCUAAGCCAUCCUAGCAUUUCCCCAUACAGCCUGGCGAGGCACUCGCAUGUGAGCCGAAACCCGGUGAAACGAACGCUCAAAUAACAAAGAGAAAUGGCAGACAGUGCAGGUCUCCAGUUUGUCAGCUCCUAUGCUUUCGAAGCCAUGCAGAAGGUGGAUGUCCGAAGGCUGGCAGCCCUGGGUGAUCCAGAACUGAGGCUCCUGCUCCCCUGUCUUGUGAGGAUGGCUCUGUGUGCCCCUGCUGAUCAAAGUCAUUCAUGGGCUGAGGACAAGAAGCUCAUCCUACGUUUGCUGUCUGGAGUGGAGGCUGUCAACUCCAUUGUAGCACUUUUGUCUGUCGACUUUCAUGCAUUGGAGCAGGAUGCGCGGAAGGAGCAGCAACUCAGGUACAAGGCCGGUGGGUCGAAUGGAGAGAGUGUUUUGGUGUCACAGCUUCAACAUGGCUUGACCUUAGAGUUCGAACACAGUGAUCCUCUGAGACGCCUCAGGCUGACCCUCAGUGAACUCCUGGCUAUCAUGAAUAAGGUGACUGACUCAAACGGGGAGUUCUUCCUGAAGUCUUCGGAACUCUUUGAGAGCCCUGUGUACUUGGAGGAGGUUGCUGAUGUCCUUUGCAUUCUGCAAGCUGAGCUGCCGUCCCUCCUGCCAAUACUGGAUGUAGCAGAGGCUUUGCUGCAUGUCCGCAACGGAGACUGGUUCUUGUGUCUGCUGGUUGCCAAUGUUCCCGACAGCUUCAAUGAAGUGUGCAGAGGUUUGAUCAAGAAUGGAGAGCGUCAAGAUGAGGAAAGUGUUGGUGGUCGCCGAAGAACUGAAGCGCUCCGUCGACUCUGCCAGAUGAACCCGUCCCAGGCUCUCAACAUCAGAGCCAUGGUGGUUGAGGAAUGCCAUCUUCCUGGGCUUGGGGUGGCUCUGACUCUGGACUACAAACCUGACACACCAGAUGAGGCUGUCAGCCCCCUUGUGUCUUUUGUCAGUGGCUUGCUGCUGGGUACCAAUAGCAAAGUUCGAACUUGGUUCAGUAUGUUCAUUCGCAAUGGGCAGCAGAGAAAAAGGGAAAGCAGCUCAGUGUUGUGGCAGAUGCGCAGGCAGCUACUGCUGGAGCUGGUCGCCAUCCUGCCACGUUCACGCAGCACUAAUGUUCCCAUCGACGGUGACAUUGGCGGCUCAAGCGGCUCAGGAUAUUCUGGCCUCAGAGAGGAGCAUGUGGUGAAGGCUAGUGCUCUUCUGCGACUCUACUGUGCUCUCAUGGGCAUCGCAGGUCUCAGACCUACUGGUGAAGAGGCAGAGCAGCUGCUGCAGCUGAUGACCAGCCGACCCCCUGCCACUCCUGCUGGCGUUCGCUUUGUCUCACUGUCCUUUUGCAAGUUGCUAGCUUUUCCAACUCUGGUCAGCACCCCAGAACAAGAGCAGUUGAUGGUCAUCUGGCUGAGCUGGAUGAUCAAAGAAGAAGAGUACUUUGAAAGUGCUGCUGGAGUGUCUGCUUCCUUUGGAGAGAUGCUGUUACUAGUUGCCAUGUAUUUCCAUAGCAACCAGCUGAGCUCCAUUAUAGAGCUGGUGUGUUCUACUUUGGGCAUGAAGAUUGCCAUCAAACCAAGCUCUUUAAGCAAAAUGAAGACCAUCUUCACGCAGGAGAUUUUCACAGAACAGGUUGUAACAGCCCAUGCAGUGAGAGUUGCAGUAACCAACAACUUGAGCGCCAACAUCACUGGAUUCCUCCCUAUUCACUGUAUUUAUCAGCUGCUUCGGAGCCGAGCCUUCACCAAGCAUAAAGUCUCAAUCAAGGACUGGAUCUACCGCCAGCUCUGCGAGACGACCACUCCUAUCCACACUCAGCUCAUUCCCUUAAUUGACGCCUAUGUGAAUUCCAUCCUCACGCCUGCUUCAAAGGCAAACCCAGAAGCCACCAACCAGCCAAUCACAGAACAGGAAAUCCUCAACGUCUUUGAAGCAUCUGGCGGACAGUGUGACAGUAUUCUGGGAGGACGGCAACGCUACUCCAUCACCACUCAGCUUCUCAUCCUCUACUACAUCUUGUCUUAUGAGGAGAACCUGUUAGCAAGUACCAAACAACUCGCUAUGAUGCAGAGGAAGCCAAAGUCUUACUCACCAGCCCUGAUGGACCAGAUCCCUAUCAAGUACCUGGUUACGCAGGCGCAGGGCUUACAGCAGGAACUUGGAGGUCUACACUCUGCGCUGCUGAGGCUGUUGGCCACCAACUACCCUCAUCUGUGUCUGGUUGAGGACUGGGUUUGCGAGGAGGAGGUGACUGGCACUCUGCCCCUGCUGAGAAAGAUGAUGCUCUCGAGCAAAACCUGCCGAUACAGUCAGAGCCAAGUCCAUCAGGCUUUCGAGAAAUUGCCGUCCAGCAGUCCCAGGCUGAUGAGAAUCCUGGAGCACUUGACGCUGCUAUCUCCCGGGGACCUAAUCCCAUAUGCAGAGGCCCUCACCUCCAGCAUGGCUUUGCUGCUGGAACCUGCGGUGCCACGUCGGAUACUGCAGACUCUCAACAGACUGUGGAUGGGCCUGAACACUGUGAUGCCCCGCAGAUUGUGGGUCAUGACGGUGAACGCCCUCCAGCCCUCAGCGAAGCUGCUGCGACAGCAGAAAUACACUCAGAACGACCUGAUGGUGGAUCCACUCAUUGUGCUUCGGUGUGAUCAGAAGGUCUACAGGUGUCCACCUUUAAUGGACAUUGUCCUACACAUGUUGAAUGGCUACCUGCUGGCCUCAAAAGCAUACCUUCACUGCCACUUGAAGGAAACGGCGGACUUUGAUAGGCAGAGCCAGACAGUUUCAAACCUGGGGGUUCCUGGGCAGCCAGACACCCCUGAGGUCACCAGGGAGGAGCUGAAGAAUGCCCUACUAGCAGCUCAGGACAGUGCCGCGGUGCAGAUUCUGCUGGAGGUGUGCAUGCCAACCUCGGAAGAACAGCUAAUGGGGACCGACACUCAGAGUCUGCUCGGGAGCAUUAGAAGGGCAGGAGCAGGAAAAUCCAAAGCAGGAAGUCCAGGAGCCAUGAAAGGCAUUGAAUCUGAGGACGGCUUGUUGAGUGACCUGAGGGAGGUGCAGUGUCUGAUCUGCUGCCUGCUGCAUCAGAUGUUCAUCGCAGACCCCAAUAUAGCAAAGCUGGUUCACUUCCAGGGAUAUCCUCAGGCCCUGCUGCCCCUGACGGUGGCUGGAAUCCCCUCAAUCCAUAUCUGUCUGGACUUCAUCCCAGAGCUCCUGGCCCAGCCACAGCUGGAGAAGCAGAUCUUUGCAAUCCAAUUACUGUCGUACCUGUGCACCCAGUAUGCUCUCCCCAAGUCUCUCAGCGUUGCACGGCUGGCCAUCAGUGUCAUGGGCACGCUUCUCACAGUGCUGACUCGCACCAAGCGCUACUCCUUCUUCAUGCCGACGCUGCCUUGCUUGGUGGCCUUCUGUCAGGCCUUCCCACCCCUCUAUGAAGAGGUUGCUGCUCUGCUUAUCCAAGUUGGACAAGUGUGCGCCUCAGAUGUGGCCACAAAAACCAGAGACAUUGAUCCACUCAUCACACGUUUGCAGUAUUUGAAGCAGAAGCCACUGGAGACUCGAGGAGACUUGCCUGCCAAACCCGCUUUACCUCGAACCCUGGCAGAAGAGCUGGGCGGUGCCGACCCAGAUGUGCAGCUCUGCUACUGUGUGGAGACCACUUUCAUGGACAUCAUCAGCUCCACGCUGCACGGCCUCUAGAUGCUCCUCACAGUCACGGAGAGCAGAUCUGAAUCUUCACCUGUCAACGCAAAGCAAAUCACCGUCUGUCGCUCAUGGCCUUAAGACACUGCAAGGCUUUGAAUGAUGUUUGUGUUGUUGACUUGCUGGACCAGGACCAGGAGGUCUGUCGCCUUAAGAUGAGACUGGCAUCUUUUCCUUCAACAUGGAACUUUUGUGCAUCAUUGAAUACCAUGAAAUCGAUUGCAUUUUGCAGACAUGUCUUUCCUAUCUGUCAGCUGAAUCUUUUCUACUGUGUUUUGUUUGUAAUAAAACAAAUAAUGGCCACAAAAGUGCAUUGUAUAACAACACACUUUGACUUUGAUCGCCAUGGUUGCUCUGCCUCUUAUAUCUCAUAUUUCAAUAUAUUAUGUUGGUAUCAAGUGUAUUUUUAAAAUAUCUUAAUAAAUUCCACAAGUUUCUCAU